AACCACAACAGACCUCUCUACUACACACCACCUGACAAACAACGGGGUAUCUACAAUGUCUUCGGAAAAACCAACCCUGCGGGAUCAUCGCAAAUCAUCCACCAUCACAGGGCUUUUCUCUAGAAAAAGGUAGGGAUGAACUUACCGAACAGUCCGUAGGCAAGAAAAAUGCUGACCUGGACGUGGUUUCUCCCCAAAGUCUGCCCGAUGAGCAAUGCAAUGUCAAACCGGAAGACCCAUGUGGGAUCGGGGCCGAGGACAUAAAUGCCAGCGAUGCACUGACCGAACUGUACGAGGGCAAGAAGCCCAGUGAUCUGGAGCUCGUUUCUCCGCAAAAUCGUCUCAGUGGACCAUGCGGUGCCGGACCGGAGGCCUCCUGUGAAAUCGUGUCCCAUAAUAUGAAACAUGACGCCCCACAUCCACUUGGAGACACAAUCGAACAAGAGGCGCUCUGCAACAGCCUCGCGAUGACGAUCUCGGUCGACAAGCCCGGUGGCCUCUGUAUCGAGACUCUCCUUGCACGGAUUGAUAAACUCGAAAAGCAGUCGACCGAAGACGCGAAGGCCCUUAUGAGUCAGAGCAAGAUAAUUGACUCCCUUCAAUGGCGCGGCAUCUGCCGGGAUGGCCAGGUAACGGCUCUUGCGGCUUCUUCGGGUCCGUACAUCUACCGGAGGAACUAUUUUCUUAGCAUCUUCAAUAGAGACAAACUUGGCACGGCAACCGAUACGGACCUGGGAAUCAUCGGAGCGGGCACUCAGUCGGUUGAGGGAGGAGAUGCUAUGGUCGAUGCCACGCUGUAUAUCGGGCCUAUGCGCAGAAGAGAUUUCACGACCUUUCUGAGGCUGUACGGUUUUAUGCCCGAAGUCGUGCGCCAGUUUGGUGAGAACGCUCACGGCUCUCUCCACUGAUCCUAAAAGCACACAAGCUAACGAUCUCUAGUCCGCCCCGAAACCAUUCACAUCUUGAACAUCCAUGCAGGUGUGCUCGCCUCACAGCACAAGAUGGGCAGUGAAACAUUCUACCGCCUUUUCGCCAAAUUUGUUCAGGCAUUUUCCAAAGCAGGGAUUAAAGGUGAGGAGGACUACUAUAAAGGCAAGCCCACAGACGUCACACACGCAUACUGGAAGUUCUUGGACUGCAUCAAUGCCGAGGUUGUGGAUACUGGUGUCGGGAGGGAGACAAGGUUUGCUGAAUAGGUUGUUCUGAGGAGUCGAUGAUUCAUCGGAGAUAGUGGCUUGUAGUUUACUCUUAGGUCUCGCCUAAUGAUGAAUGUUCUCUU